AAGCGCCCCAAAGAACAAGUUUCGCAGCUCGAUGACACAGUUUGACGCGAUCGGUAGACGUCCUUAUACUUGAAACUAUGUGCCAGAAGAUAUUUUAAAAUGAAAUCACUAGUUGUUUUUGUUUCGAUUAUUUGCUUAUCGAGUGCUGCGAAGUAUAGCAUUCCAUCAAUUAAGGCAAACUGGUACAAAGCAUUUGAGCUGUGUGCAUCUCAGGGUCAAAGGUUGGUCUCGAUCGGCUCCCAAAAGCAGCAGGAUGAGGUGGUUGCGUUCAUAAAAACGACGGACAAGUUUGUACCGUUCAUUCGAUUCUGGAUCGGGGCCAGUGAUUUGGCUGAAAAGGGGACCCAUACUUGGAUGAAUUCCGGCCGGCUAGCGUCUUAUUCCAACUGGGGUCCAGGUGAACCAAAUGGACUGCAAUCGGAAAGAUGCGUCGAGAUGAUCUACAAUCAGGCUACAGAACACAAUUUCUUUUGGAAUGACAACGAAUGUGAUAAGCAAUUUUAUUUCGUAUGCGAGAAUGUUGAUGACUGUGUCAGUCCUUUUUAAUUUUUGGAUUUAUUUUGCAAUUUAAUGUAAAACUGUUCUGAUGAUGAGAAAUAAAUUGUUUAAACAAA